AUGGCGGGUCGAUCCUGUUGGCUGGUGGUGGCCUCCCUGGCGGUGCUGCUCGGUGCCGCAUCUUGCGCCUCGAUUGCGUCGAACCUGAUCGAGGAACGGCCACGGAUCGCGACCAGCGAAGAGCUGCUGUCGUCGAUUGUGAACGAGUGCUUCAGCGGCUACUCGUCCGUCAUGGGCUGCCUCAAAGGCAAGGUUCUGCUGUACCUGGACGGUGUGCUUGGACUGCGGGAAGAACAGGCCCGGGCCUUCGACGAGACCCACGUCGACAAGGUGAUCUUCGAUCGCGUGGCUCGCGUGCUGGACACCCACGAGUUCCGGGUGCAGCUUCCGGAGGAUACCGUCGUCAGUUACCGUGCCGACAAGGGGCUGGACAUUGACGUCGUGCCUGCCGGGCUCGCGACCGAAGCCCGUGGUCAUUUACUGAAGAAGAAACUCCUGCUUCCAGUGUUGCUGCUGCUGAAGCUGAAGAUGAAGGCCCUGAUGCCGAUCUUGCUGGGGCUGGUGAGCCUGAAGGCGAUGAAGGCCCUGAUCCUGUCGAAGCUCGCCAUCACGCUCGUGCUGGGCUUCCUGGUGGCGCAGCUGGUCAAGAAGUCUGGCCUCGGGAUGCCGAUGUCCAUGAUGCCAAUGAUGCCCCAGGCGCCACUGGCCGAGUACGGUGCUCCGGUCCCGCCUAGCUCCACGCCCGCCUCCAGCUACGAGCCGUCAUCCUGGGAACCGCAGUCCGGUGGACCAUACUCGCGCCUCUGGGAACCAUCUACCUCGGGCACGUCCCACAAUCUCGCCUACAGCUCGUACUAUCCCAGUUCCGGUGGCUCCAGCUCCUACACGGCCUAUAAUUCGGGCUCCCCUUCCUCAUCAUCCUCGCUCUCUGGUUCCUCUUCCUCAUCCUCCCCCUCCUCUUCCUCGUCCGGUUCGUCCGGAUCGUCCUCGUCCAAUGCGGCGCACGCGUACUAG